ACCUCUCGAUUGUUCGGAGAGGGGUGACCAAUGAGGAAAAAGAUAGGUCGCGACAAUAUAUACAGCCGUAGUACUAACAGUUACAGGUGGAUAUAUCCUAGCUAACGCACAAUGAUGGUACAUCGGCACACGGAAAAGUGGAUCCGGAGUCCGGACCAACGGUCAACCAAGUCACAUCCCUGGCCUGGGAAUAACCUUCUGUUGAACACCUCACAAGGGCAUGACCAAGAAAGGAAACGGAACUAUUCGAGCCGAGUGCAUAUCGUCAAGACAGAAGGUGCCAGCGAGCAUGCGCCAGGAGAGGACAUGAAUUGUCGACUCGAGGAGAUGUUGGAGACCAUUAAUCAUUCAUCAUAUUCCUAUCAUCCUACCAAUAUUCCACAUCUUCAUUGUCCAUCGGAUAUCAUGAUAGUAUCGAAAAACACGCAAGAAUGGAACACAUUGCAGGGUUUGAAUUACGAUGAACCUGCUUACGAUCACGAUCCGUGGAGAAAGCUGAUUUCAAGGACCAACAAACUAAGCACACAGCCAGAGAACGUUCUGGAGGGCAUGGAUAUCCUGCUGAAAAGGGUCCUAGGAACGGGCAGAAAGACAGUUGCCCGUACGAUCAAAGCCCGGGGCACGCCCCUUUCUGUAGCCUACGCUGGAUCUGGACGGGCACAGUGUAUCAUUCUGUACAAGCCCGCGGCGUGA